GAUUUUUUUCUUAAAAAACUAUAACAAACGGCUCUUUAACUUCUCUCAUUUGAUCAUCGAGAAGAGGUGGCAAAAAUAAGCUCUAAUGAGCAUUUUGUAAGGUAAUGGAAUGGCUAAACAUGGAUUGGUUCGAAAAGUGGUGGGUGACUUAUCUUUUCUGGACUCAUCUCCUUUCGCCAAGCUAUUGGACACUUGUGUUAAAUCAAAGUCUGUUUUUGAGGCACGUCUUGUUCAUGCUCGAAUCAUUAAGACACAAUUUUCCUCUGAAAUCUUCAUUCAGAACAGGCUCGUUGAUGUUUAUGGCAAAUGCGGCUUUUUGGAGGAUGCACGCAAGGUGUUCGAUCAUAUGCAACAGAGGAAUACUUUCAGUUGGAACGCGGUUUUAGGUGCUUUGACGAAGUUUGGUGCUCUUGAUGAGGCUUUGAACUUGUUUAAGUGUAUGCCUGAGCGUGAUCAGUGUUCUUGGAACGCUAUGGUUUCUGGGUUUGCUCAACGGGAUCGAUUUGAGGAAGCUUUGAGAUUUGUUGUUGAUAUGCAUAGUGAGGAUUUCGUGCUUAAUGAGUAUUCGUUUGGCAGUGCUCUUAGCGCUUGUGCAGGGUUGAUGGAUUUGAGUAUUGGUGUUCAAAUCCAUGGUUUGAUAGCGAAGUCUCGUUACUCGUUGGAUGUUUACAUGGGUUCAGCUCUUGUUGAUAUGUACUCUAAGUGUCGGGUGGUGGCUAGUGCUCAGAGGGCUUUUGAUGAUAUGGAUGUGAGGAAUAUAGUUUCUUGGAAUAGUUUGAUUACAUGCUAUGAGCAAAAUGGUCCUGCGGGAAAAGCUCUAGAGGUUUUUGUAAGAAUGAUGAAUUGUGGGAUUGAGCCUGAUGAGAUUACUUUGGCCAGCGUGGCCAGUGCUUGUGCAAGCUUAUCGGCAAUUAGGGAAGGUUUGCAAAUUCACGCACGUGUUAUGAAACAUGAUAAAUACCGUAAUGACCUUGUGUUAGGCAAUGCUUUGGUUGAUAUGUAUGCAAAAUGCAGGAGAGUUAAUGAAGCUCGAUUGGUUUUCGAUAGGAUGCCGCUUAGGGAUGUGGUAUCUGAAACCUCCAUGGUUAGUGGAUAUGCAAAGGCGUCAAGUGUGAAAGCCGCAAGACUAAUGUUUUCAAACAUGAUGGAGAGGAAUGUGGUGUCGUGGAAUGCGCUUAUUGCAGGUUAUACGCAGAAUGGAGAAAACGAAGAGGCUGUUAGAUUAUUCCUCCUCCUAAAAAGGGAAUCCAUCUGGCCAACACAUUACACCUUUGGCAAUCUACUUAAUGCAUGUGCAAAUCUUGCUGAUUUGAAGCUUGGCAGACAGGCUCAUACUCACAUUUUGAAGCAUGGAUUUUGGUUUAAGUCCGGGGAAGAUUCUGAUAUUUUUGUAGGGAAUUCUCUUAUUGACAUGUACAUGAAAUGUGGAUUGGUUGAAGAUGGACGCUUGGUUUUUGAGCGCAUGUUAGAAAGGGAUAACGUCUCGUGGAAUGCCAUGAUAGUUGGAUAUGCACAAAAUGGUUACGGUACCGAGGCCCUUGAAAUUUUCAGGGAAAUGCUGGUAUCUGGAGAGAGACCAGAUCAUGUUACCAUGAUAGGAGUUCUGUCUGCGUGUAGUCAUGCAGGACUUGUUGAAGAAGGGCGCUGUUACUUCCAAUCAAUGACGAUCGAGCAUGGUUUAGUACCUGUAAAGGACCAUUAUACAUGCAUGGUUGAUUUACUUGGUCGGGCCGGUUGCCUUGACGAAGCAAACAAUUUGAUACAGACAAUGCCAAUGGAGCCUGAUGCUGUUGUUUGGGGAUCAUUACUUGCUGCUUGUAAGGUUCAUGGAAACAUUACAUUAGGGAAGUAUGUAGCAGAAAGGCUCUUAGAGAUUGAUCCCUUGAACUCUGGACCUUACGUUCUUCUUUCAAAUAUGUAUGCUGAGCUUGGUAGAUGGAAAGAUGUGGUUAGAGUCCGGAAACAGAUGAGGCAAAUGGGAGUAAUUAAGCAACCUGGUUGCAGCUGGAUUUCAAUUCAGAGUCAUCUACAUGUUUUCAUGGUAAAAGAUAAAAGACACCCUCAUAAAAAGGACAUCUAUUUAAUUCUGAAAAUUCUCACAGAACAGAUGAAGCGAGUUGGCUAUGUGCCAGAAGCCGACGAUGACGAGCCUUAUGAGGAGGAAAGCGACUCUGAACUUAUCUUACACAGUGAAAUGGAAACAGCAGUAGAUGCUGCAGUUGGAUAAAAAAUUACUUUGUUUUUUGAUGAUGACGAGCCUUAUUAUGAGGAGGAAAGUGACUCUGAACUUAUCUUACACAAUGAAAUGGAAAUGGCAGUAGAUGCUGCAGUUGGAUAAAAAAUUAACGUUUUUUUUUGGCUCAUAGCUCAAGUGUCCUUCAAAGAAAGUAGAAAGAUCUGAUAUCAAGCUUUCUUUUCUUAGACUUUGAGAAAAGGCUAGAUAUCUGAGAUGCUACACAGUCUUGAACAUACUCCUCAGUUUGUUGUUACUACUGGCUUCAAUGCAAAAGAGUUUGAUUGCCAGAAAGAUGAGUUCAAAAUGUUUAACUGCCACUUCUACAGAGUGAACAUAUCAUGUAUAUCACGUGGAGACGUACAAUGAAAAGGAAUAACAUGGAUAUAUGAGCAGAGAAUAUUCUCAGUAUGUUUCCUAAUUGUUUCAAUGUUUAUUUUAUAGGCAAAUGUUAGUAAGUUAGUGGUUAUGUUAAUUUUCGGAGUUUGAACCCUGAAUCUCCUUAUUCUUUUGAAGAAGCUAAACUAGCCCACCUAAAUUGGCACCGGAAAGAAUCAAACCUGAGACCUUGAGGAGGAGCACACUCCAAGAUCUCAAGCCAACACCACCACCUUAGCCUAGUAAUUGUUCCAUUAUGAUGCUAAUCUUUAGUUCGCUUUAUUCUACCAUUUGUAUUUUAUGCCUGGAGUGUUGAUUGUAAUCGAAACUAGGCUUCCCAUUGAGCAAGCCUGUGACAAGAUCUUCUUGAUUGUUACUGUACUAGUAGUGAGAACCCGUGCAACACGCAUGAAGAAAUUCGCAGAACGAAAUUUUAUUUGA